ACUCCGAGCCCCACCUUUCGGCCAUACAGCUGACAUCGAAUACUGGUAUCAUUCAAAGCUAUACUCCAGCACUAUGGAAGGGCCUCUGAGAGAACUGAACAAGCUCGAGAAACUGGCGGAAAGGUCAUACAAAGGAAAAGGACCGUCGAUAGACAAUUCACUGGAUACGUUGCUUCAGUCGCUUAACGGAGUAAAGGAACGCAUCGAGGCGGGAACUACAACUGAAGACACGUUUGCGCUACUGGCACAUACGGUAGAAACAAAGAAGAAAGAGGUUGAUGAUAAGCAGAAAGAGGUCUACAAUGCUUUGUCUCGCCUGGGGAAGGCCCUAGACAAGAAAUUCACAAGCUCGUUGCCAUCUUAUUCACCUCUGUUCACCUCAGAUUCUUCGAGAGAGGCUUUGGAUCUCACAAUAGCCCAUCACUUUCUGCGCACGGGCCAGUUUGCCACUGCUGAGACGUUUCUCGAGGAAUCUGGUAGGACUAUCCCUUCUGAACUUCGCUCACAUUUCCUCGAGUUGCAUCGUAUUCUCACCGCUCUGAGAAACGAGGACAUUGGACCUGCUUUAGAGUGGUCUCGAAAGAACAGAUCUUUCUUACGACAGCGUUCGUCUCCACUUGAAUUCAACCUACAUCGCUCGCAAUACAUUCGGCUCUUACUAUCUUCUCAUCCACCCAACCCAUUACCUGCGCUCUCCUAUGCCAAUGCUACCCUUCGAUCAUUCUAUCCUGAGCAUGCCGUGGAGUUCAAGCGCCUCAUGACUUGUGUGAUCUUCCUCCCUGUGGAGCGAUUACAAUGCUCUCCUUACGCUGACUUGGCGUCGCCUUCUUUGCAUUAUGACUUGGAGCCGCUCUUUGCAAAGGAAUAUUGUGCAAGCCUUGGCAUGAGCAGACAAGUUCCUCUGCGAGUUGUUGGUGAUAUUGGUGGUGGAGGUGCUUUGGCAAGAAUCGAGAAAGCUAGAUACGUGAUGAGGGAGCGAAAGAGCGAGUGGAGCCAAACGGAUGAAUUACCAGUUGAGUGCCCUCCAGUUAUCGAAAUUCCUCUACCACCUGAAAACCGCUACCAUUCCAUAUUUGCUUGUCCCGUCUCGAAGGAACAGGCCACUGAAGACAAUCCACCAAUGAUGAUGAUAUGCGGUCACGUCAUUACAAAGGAAAGUCUGCAGAAGCUGAGCAAGGCAAAUGGUCGUGUCAAAUGUCCAUAUUGUCCAGCCGAGUCCAUGCAAAACACCGCUUUGCGUGUGCAUUUCUAAGCUUACCUCUCAAUGCAGGAGUGCUCGUGUUGUAAAUUGUAUUUUAUUCUUUCCAUCUUUUAUAGUUUGUACAUUCAUAGAUGUACAGUAACAUUUGUAUUGUCAUUUUGCAUUUUUUAAGCAAUUCAUUGAGUGAAGUAGU